GUGUUCCAGCUGUGCUCGCAGAGGAAGCGGAAGAAACGACACUCUUCAAGUUUCAAACGCCUGAGGCUGCGGAGCAAAGGAAAACUCUCUCAACACACACACGCACACACACACACACGCGCGCGCACGGACACACACACACACACACACACACACACACACACACACACACGGACACACAAACGCGCGUGUGUGAGCGACGUCUGUGGAUCGGGGAUCGCCAGCCGUUAUCUCCCUUUCAUCUGUCUUCAAGACGUCACGCCACUCCCCAGCGCAAGAGAGAGAGAAAGGAAGAAACGCGACGGAGCGACGGAGCGACGGAGGGGUGGAAGAAGAGAGAGACCCCGGGAGAGAGAGAGAGAGAGAGAGAGAGAGAGGAAGAAAGAAAGAGACUGAAAGAGGGAGAGAGAGCGAGAGACACUAAGUUGGCGGAGGAACCUAUUGCUGGUGGGGGGCUGCUGAGUGUGUGUGUGUGAGUAAGUGUGUGUGUGUGUGUGUGUGUGUGUACAGGAUGGCCCCUCAGGCUGACGCGCCGAGUGGGAACGACAUUCUGAGCCGCCUGCGGAGUGUGUGUGGAGUGCUGCGUCUCCUCCAGCUGUUGCUAGGCGCUGGCGUCUGGGUUACCAUCGCCGCCAACAGGUACGAGGGUUCCGUCCACUUCGUCCUGCUGGUGGCCGUCCUCUUCUGGCUGUUGUCCCUGGCGUCGCUCGCGAUCACCGCUCUCGACCGGCAGAGCCUGGUGCCGCUGGUCGGUGGCGACCGAUGGCCACUGAGCAACCUGGUCCUGGACGUCGCGGCGACGGUCCUCUACGGUCCGGCGGUGGGCAUCAUGGCGUACAAGACACAGAAGAACGCCUUCUGCAACCUGGAGCAGUACAAGCACGCCUGCCACUACAAGGUCUACCUCACGGCCACCGUCUUCGCCGGACUGACUGCGCUCGCAUACCUGCUGUCCGCCAUCUACCGCGCCGUCACCAAGUGCCGUGGACACACACCCUCCGCCUGAGGGGCCACCACUGCCUGGACGGGGGGGCUUUAACCCUGGCAGGAAAGACCCCCAGAAACUGAAGAAUGCAGGAACAAACAGAAAGAGAGAAAGAGAGG